AUGACGACGCCAAUUAUAGCGACAGUAAUCACAUCAUCAGAAGCUGACGCGACGUAUGCGCUCGUCGAGGGGCGACAGGACAUUGCUCGCUUACAGCAAGAGUAUCGCAUAUACGGCUCCUCAGAAGGACCGAUUGCGACUGCACGUUCAGCACCGACACGACUGCGCUUGGCCCUGGAAGAGGUAGCAGUCGGACUCACGAAAGGGUUUCUCCGCCUUGAAGUAGCCACAAACGCGUUAAGUAACAAUGCCAAUAGUACUAGUACGAGUAGUGAAAGUAGCUCAGUGGCCACCAGUGACAAGACGAGACAGGAACUGAGUCCAGUGGACAUUAUACAGGAAAUAACUGGAGAUCUGAAUCGCAGAGGACCUCGUGGCAGCAAGUCGAGACUCGCGCCUCGACGCCGUGACCGUGUACGGGUUUUUCGGGAUCUGUGGGAACGAGGUUACGUCGUGACUGCUGGCUCGAAAUUCGGUGCUGAUUUUCUCAUCUACAAAGAUGAUCCCAAGCGUGCUCAUGCUGAGGCUUUGAUUGUGGUGAAAGCGUACGAAGAAGAGUUUGCGCGCGUGGAUGUUGUGAGCUUCUGUCGUGUAGCAAAGAUGGUGAGGAAGCAGUUUCUGUUUGCGAGCGUGCGAUCGAAUGGAGAUAGCGGGGGGGACGACGGCGACAAGGACGAAGAUAGAGACAGUGAUGUGGCUGUAGACAGCGUUGUGUACGUUUCCUUAACGCAUGCGGUACUGGUCUCGCGCCAUCAAGAAAGGAGCGAAGAAGGAGCAAUGUGGUGA